UCGCGUGCAUAUGGCACUAGUAUGUAUAGAAAGUGGGAGUAAUUGGCAUCGGCCAUCCCAAAAAAGUGCGGGAUUUAGCGAUCCCCGAGGCUGCGGUGCUUAUACUUAGACCAGCGUCCCAAAGGUAUUGUAUUUCUCCUCAGCAGCUGUUCAUGGCUACUUCAGAAGUAAGAGAGAAACCAAAGCCAAAGCUAAAGCUCUACUCCUAUUUUAUGAGUUCCUGCGCCUGGCGUGUCCGUAUUGCUCUCCAUCACAAAGGGUUGGAGUAUGAAUACAUAGCAGUGAAUUUGGUGAAAGGAGAUCAAUUUACUUCCGAGUUUCAGAAACUGAAUCCUCUUAGUUAUGUGCCGGUGUUGGUGGAUGAAGAUAUAGUAAUUGCUGACUCGUAUGCAAUUAUAAUGUAUCUAGAAGAGAAGUAUCCUCAAAAUCCAUUGUUGCCUCAGAAUUUUCAGAAAAGAGGCCUCAAUUAUCAGGCUGCAAAUAUUGUUGCUUCAAACAUACAGCCUUUCCAGAAUCUAGCAGUUGUGAAAUAUAUUGAAGAAAAACUUGGUUCUGAUGAAAAGCUUUCUUGGGCUCAACAUCAUAUCAAAAAAGGAUUUGCUGCCUUGGAGAAGCUGCUAGCAGGACAUGCUGGCAAAUAUGCUACUGGGAAUGAAGUUGCCUUGGCAGACUUGUUCCUGGCACCCCAAAUAGAUGGAGCAACUAAGAGAUUCAACAUAGACAUGGCUGAGUUCCCACUAUUGAAGAGUUUGAAUGAUGAAUAUUCUAAACUUCCAGCAUUUCAGAGUGCUGCGCCAGAAAAGCAACCCGAUGCUCCAGAUAGCACCAAGGCCUAGAUCAGGUAAUCUAUACCAGGACUGGUGUGGCUCUUCUGCUGAGAAGAGUGAGAUGGUGAAUGUUAACAUGUAUCAGCGUGUUCACAACUUGUAGUCCAUAUCUGGCAGGCACUAGUCAACUUUGCACAAUGUACAGAGAAGAAGUGCUUUUACUUGCGACAAUAAAAUUAUGGACACUGAAGCAUGAUUUGUAUGUACCUUGUUGAAUAGCAUGAGUUAACAAUGAAAAUAUGAAGUCCUAUAAAAACAUAUGAUGACAAUGGUUUUCUUGCAUGCUUCAACGUUGUUUAAACAAAGACGAUGCAGGUGCUUUAUAGCAGAUUUCUUAUUCUCA